AUGCAGAGAAAUUAUAAGGAAAAUGUGAAGAGAAAUGCGACAGCAUUGCGGUUUAUCCAGCAAGCUGUUGGUAAACCUAUCUACCCCAGAAUUUUUGGCAUUAAGAAAGCGAAAGAAGCUUGGGAGAUUUUGAAAACAGAGUUUCAAGGAUCAAAAAAGGUGAUUACCAUAAAGCUGCAAUCUUUGUGGAGACAAUUUGAAACAUUGUCUAUGAAGGAAAAUGAAAUGACGAAAAAUCUCAGGACACUCACUCAAUUCGAACUUAUGGGAACCUUGGAAGCCUAUGAGCAAAGAAUGAGCAACUACAACAACCAACAAUUAGAACUGGCUUUUCAAGUAAAGACACAUUUCCAAGAAUUCAUUGCAACAAGGAAGAGGGGGAUCUUCCUUCAGUCAAGCACCCGGGAGAGGGCGAGGCCGAAAAUUUCAGAACAGGGGUAG